AUGGCUGUGUUUAGUCGUGAAAAUGCUCUCCGGGAAUUGGUUAAUUUUGCAAUGCAAAAACAAGUCAAUCGCGCUAAACCUUGGCGUCCGCCACAGAGAUCAGAAAAACACCUCAAGUGGCUCAUUCUCGAGCGUCGGGGCGGCGGCGGGGGGCUGGAAGCAGAAAAGGUCACCCACAGACACACAAGUCACACCGCCGAAGGGAAUUUAGCACCCAAUUCGCCACAUGAAAUGCAGUCUCAGGUGGAACCUUCGUCUGAGCACACUGCCAGUGUUGAGCAGGAGGAGCGCUCUUCCAACGCGUCCAACGCCUCCAACACGAUGGCAGCCAAAGGAUGGAGGAGUCGAACUCUUCAGCUGGCAAAGUCCACGAACCGUCUCAAUGCCUUGAUGAGUGACUCCGCGGGCCUGGCUUCGCGCCAGCGUCGCGCGCGCUUCAACAGACACCAGGAAUCGCUGCUGGACCAGGAGGCCGAGGAGCAGGGUCGCCUGCGUCUUUAUCUGACGCCGCAGAUCAAGAUUGAGAAGAUUUGCGGCGUGAUUCAGGAGGCGAUUGCGCGCAAGAUGGCCGAGGACGAGGACAACAAGGACUACGAUCCCAUCCGGGCGAAGCUGAUGUGCCAGGCGCUGUCCAAGGACAUCCGGACGCGCGUGAAGAUGCUGAAUCUUAGGCGCUAUCGCGUGGUGUGUCUCGUGACGAUCAUCGAGAAGUUCCUUCAGUCCAUCGACUACAAAAUGAAGCUCUUCAUGGACCCGAUAAUGGACUAUUUCGCCAACUUCAAGUACGAGAACGCCCAGUUCUACGUGUUGGCUACGGUUUACGUGGUGUACAAGGACUGAUGGGCGCUCGUGAGGUGGCAAUUAAGGCGUUCUGUUGCACUGCACGAUUGCAGGUGUUGCUUGAGGUGUUGUCUUAUCAGUCUUGAGCGAGAAAUGCCAACGAUCAGCUACUUUUUCGCAUUCCUCAUCGUGCUUUUUGCAGGCAGUCUUUGUGCAGCUGAGGAAAAGUGCUCUCGAGAGUGCAAUUCCACAGAAGUUUAUGUGGAAAUCUGUGCGGAAUUCAACAUUUGCUACAUUUACGACGAUGGCAACUCUAGCAGAGCGGAUCUUGGUGAGCUUGUCUGGACCAAGGGUGAUCCUGUGGCACAUCCCUUUCUCCUGGAAGUUCCGCUGAUGCUCUCGAUUCCCAUCGAUGCUGAAUUGUUCGUCCAGUCCAAGGAAAGUAUCAAGAAACCGACUACUUUACUGCAAGAAAAGCCACAGAAGCACAAGGAGGUGAAGAAGAAGCUGCCCAAGAAGAUGCGGUACAAGAAUAAAUACCAUUUAGGAUCUUCCUACGGCACAAGGAAUAAUUACAAGGAGAGUAUCAACCGUAAACCACUUAUGAGAGGCCAUCGCAAGCAUUUCUGCAAUCCAAUGUAUGAAAAUUGUCGUCAAGCAAUAAA